AUGCGGGCGCUGAGUGGAACCCCCCCGAACAACAGCUCGAGCAGCCCAGGCAGCAACCUGAGCGCGGGUGGACGCAAAGAGACGGGUGGAGGUAACUUCAUAGCUGGAGUCCUCAUCCAGGCCAUGCGUAAGAAGAUGAGCAUCUACGAUGCCAUGAUGAGGGGGCUCCUGACGCCAGGUACGGCCCUGGUGCUGCUGGAGGCACAGGCUGCUUCAGGGCUCCUCACUGACCCGCUGAGGAACGAGAAACUGUCGGUGAAGGAAGCGCUGGCCGCGGGACUCAUCGGCAGGGAUUUUUACGAGAAGCUGCUGUCAGCAGAGGGAGCGGUGACGGGGUACACAGAGCCCUACACCGGACGCAGGAUCUCCCUCUUCCAGGCCAUGAAGCAGGAUCUCAUCGUCAAGGAGCACGGCAUCCGCCUGCUCGAGUCCCAGAUCGCCACCGGCGGCAUCAUCGCCCCCGUGCACAGCCCCCGCCUGCCCGUGGAAGCUGCCUACAAGCGCGGCUACUUCGACCAGGAGAUGAACCAGUUUCUUUCUAACCCCGAAAAUCAAACGAGAAGUUGCUUCGACCCCAACACCCACGAG